AACCCGUCAGCCGUUGGAGUGCGAGGACGGUGCUGCCGCCCGCAUCCCGCCCACAUGGCUGCCUACUACACAAACACACUCUGACCUGGCCCACACACCCACAUACACCUAGCACAACACUGAGCCCUAAUCCUCGCGUUGCUGGUCAAGAUAUAAACUUGUAAUUUUGUUGUGAAAAUGGCGGAGUUCGCGGUGGGGGUCAGAGGGAAAAAUAUGGAGUCGAAUGUAUCCCAUGAGCCAGUAGAGGGCAACUAUGGAUGCCUACAUCCUGCAAACAGAGGUGAUAGCUCGACUAAUGAUUCGGGUUAUAGUUCAGAUAUUCUCACAUCGCCAGAAUCGAUUAAAGAGUUCCCUGUGCCACAAGUUCCUGAUUCAAAAGAAGCUAUUUGUCUUACUCCUGAUAUUACCAAACGAAGAACUGGGAGAUUGACGAGCACCCCCUUUAACCAUAGCAGUGGGACUGUGUUAAGCCCUCCUAUAACAAAAAUAGAGCCAGUUGAUGGUGCGUCUAGAAGUCGGCAAAUCUCCACUGGUGAUUCUACUUUGUAUAUUACCUCGUCGCUCGAGAUCUGUGAAUUGGAAAUGACCUGUGAAGGUGAUUUAGACAAAGGGACCAAUUUACUCCAAAAAAAUGAACAAUUAGUUUCAGAACAAAAGAAAUCUGCUGGUACUAAACAAACUAGCAGCAAGACACUACCAUCAGCAAGAUUUGCUGGGAAACGUAAAAAGCCACUGAACAUACUCAAUCGAAUGCUGAAAGAUACUGAAUACCUGGUGUUUAAGGUCUUGAAAUACAUGAGUGGACAAGAUCUGUUACAUCUGAGUCAUGUAAACCAACAACUGCGCAACAUAAUUCUUCAAAAUAAAGUACUCGACAGCAGAAGGAUGUCUUAUAUUAACAGAAGAAGAAAGGAACAGGAACAUAUUGGAAAGGAAAAUUUUAAACUGAAGAGAGUGAAUGAAGGAGCUGGAUCAUCGCUAGGAACACUCUCGCCCCGUAAAGAGUUGUCCUGUAUUGAAAACCUUCGUGCAAAGAGUCCAAAGAAGCCUUUGCCUACCUUUAGUGUUAAAUCUCUUACACUUUCGGAAAGAUUUAUUGAGGAAGGCCAAAGGUUGCCUCAGGGAGAGGAACUACAGAAGUGCGUGAAAUGUAAAGCACCGGCUAAAGUGCUAAAACCCCAGCAGAGGGCAGUGUGUUCGCAGAAAACGUGUGGUUAUGAUUAUUGUACCCGGUGCCACCUCCCUCGUCACUCCAAUUCUAAAGACUGUUCUGUACUUAAACCACGCACAAGACAAGGUAGUGGAAUAUUCUCAAGUAAGUGUAAGAGAAGCUUACGAAGGUUGUGACUGUCAGCUGUAAACAUUUUUAAUUCAUCAAAGUAUUGCUCAAUGUGUAUAUAUAUAUUUGUGUAUAUAUACUUUAAAAGUAGGAAUAUAGGCACAGUAUUGGAAUGAGCGUAAAUGGUUUUCUUUCCUGUAUGCACUGUGUACAUAAUGUGCUAGAUACAUAAGUAUUUAUUUUUUUUAUUAUCUGCUAUAUUUGUACAUUUAAAUCUAUAUAUAAGUAAUGAAUUUCAUGCAUGUUCUUAUUAAUGAAUAGAGUGAAUUUGUGCCAUUGAACAAACAUUUUUCUUUUACUAGCAAGAUCUCAUUUAGAAGUUGGACUCUUUGUGCAACUCACUGCUCUUCAGAAUGGCAGUAAUGUAUACAGUAUUUUCAAGACCAACUGUCAUUCUUCAGAUUUUUUGUUUGUAAAUAAGACUAGCUAACAUAACUGAGAAAGUAGAAAAAAAUGGCCUGUAGUCCAAAGCUAGUGCUCUUGCUGCCAUUAUGCUGUUGUCAUUCCUAUUGAGAAAAUAGUAUAUUUGAUAUAUAUAACAAAUUUCCUUUUGCAAGAAAGGGAAAAAUGUAAAUUUUUCUUGUCACAUUGUUUUAGAUGCCUUAAGUUAGUGCAACAAUCUCAUGAUGCACAUAUGCCAAAUAUCAGGCUUAUAAAUAAUAACUUUUAUUAGCAUUAUCUGUCAAACACAAGUCUUGUGCAUUAAUGUGAUUGAUGCAGAGUUGAGUUUUUAUAGAUUUAACCAUUUUGAAAUAUUUUAAAUUUUCAGUUGUGUAUGGAAGUUAAUAAGGUACAGACAUAGUUCGGAUUUUAUACAAUUUUUUUAUAGGAAUGAAUAUUUAGAAACUUGAUGUUUGUUUAUGAUGUAAGAGAUGUGUGAGUGUGUGUGUAAUGGGAGGAAUUAAUUCCCUACCCCACCAUUGUUUACCUGCCUUUUUUUUAUCUCAUUUCAGUCGUAACUUAUACAGUAUUAAGAAUUUUAUUUCACAUUUUUUCUGAGUUUUUAACCAAGUUGUUUCAUAAAACUGCUUGGAUAAGAAUUUUAAUUUUGUGGCAUUUAAGCAAAGGUGAUAAAGACAAUAGAAUUGUAGCCACCAGAACUAGAAGAUUAAUAACUUUUAGGUUACUGAGAUAUGCAAAGCAAAUUCUCUCUAAUUUAUUGCCAUUUUACUGAUUUUGAAAUAACAAAUAUACCACUGCCAAAGUUAUCAGUUUGAUAAACUCUUAAAAUAAUUUGUUAGCUUACUAAGUGUGUGUGAUUUCUCACUACAUUCAUUGCAUUCCAUGUGUUUAUUCCAGCCCAUCCUCCUGUUUGUGUAGUACUUAUAGUAAUGAUGAGGACUAUCAUUCAUAUAUUGACAAAGGCAUUAGAAAGUAAAAAUCAGUACUAUUGAAUUUGGACAAACCAGAAAAGUUUUGGUACUGAUGUUGCAAAGAAAAUUUAACCUAACCUUCCUAGGCCUAAUACAUGCUAUGAGACCUAAUUUAGUACAUAUAUGUGCUUUAUUAGGCCUAAGUAUAUUAAAGUUUGGUUUUUAGCUUUCUUUUUGGGGUUCUAUAAAAUGAAUACAGGUGUAGUACCAAAUGCUAUUAUCUAAUUGUCCAUUAUGUGUAUGUAUGUACGAUGGUCUAUAUACUUACAAAAAGUACCAUCUAAAUGGGAGAAUGGGUUGGUUUAUUCACAAAGAAAAGCUUAACGUGGCUAUACGGUAUUAUAACUAAGGUAUAAAGUAGUUAAUUGUCAAAAUAUUAAUGUUUGUAUAAUAGCUCGAAAGGUUUUGCAAAAACUAGGAAAUUCAAACCAUUCAAGAAACUAAAUAGCUGCAGUAUAAUUUUCAUAAACAGUGAUUAUAGAUUGUAGAAAAUUUUAUUUCUUUGUAUUUUGCAAGGCAUUUCUCUAUAUAUAUUUUGCAUGUUUGUCUUAUCGGCUACCAAGAUUAAGUAAUGGAAGGGUUUUCAUUUAUCUGGUGAGAAAAAUGUGUUCUUGUCACGUUAUGGUGAAGUUACAAUAUCAGGAGCUUGUUUAGCUUCUUGUUUUGUACAGACUUUACCAUUGUCAAUCGUGUCUAUUUUGAGAGUUAGUGAAGAAAUAACAUAAAAUGUAAAGUAAAAUCACUAUUCGUAUGCUACCUCACCAAGGCAUAAAAAUUAUCGGGUACACUGGAAGCUUAUUACCUGACUCAAUUAAUAAUACACAUUAUUUAUUGUCUCAAAUGCUUUAAAAUUUAGCUAUCGUUAAGAUAUAAUAUGAUUCGGAAUAUGCAUUUGUUAGUAUUGGCGUUGGAUAGUGGUAACUUGUGUAUGUCAUCCAUGAUUGUAUCGCAUGAUUCUCUGCUCUUAGAAGCAGUGCCGUGAAAGGUUCUCUCAAAUCUCUCGUCACUGCAUACCAUGAUUGCCGAUCAAAAGUUUCCCAAAUGUUUUAUUGACGAGGGGAACUGGUGGGAAAAUUACAUGUAGUUGAUGAAUGUUGGUUUGGGUUGGAACGGCAGGGAUUUGCUAUGGUAUAUUUGACAUACUGUACUAUCAAGUAAUCUCUCUACUUUAAUUUUGUGCCCUGAAAUGAACAAAUUACUUGCUACUAUGUGGCUUGAAUGUGAACAAACUGUUAAAUAACAUUACUGGAUGCAUUGCUGUUCAAGUACAUGAUCAUAUUUUAAGUUUACUUCUUCAUUAUUUCUCCUUUUGGUGUUAAGUCUACAAAUUUAUAGCAAAAACAAACAAAAAAACUGAUAAGCUAACUGUUGGAUUAUAAAUUAAAAGUAUCUAUUUAGCCCAACUUCUUAUUGAUAGCUUAUGGCCAGUUAAAUUUUACCAUUUUACUCCACUUAGUAAUACUGUAUUGGCUGCAGUCUGCAAAAUAUGAGAAAUUCGUAAUAUUUAAAACAGUAAUAGCUCAUACUAGGCAAUAUCUUGUGUUAAUGUUCAGUUUAAGUGAAGAUGCUCAAGAGUUCCUAGUUACACUCAUUGAUUUAAAAUUAAAUGUAUUUCCAUUAGAAAUGUAAACCAACAAGAUGCAUGUGUGGCUAAUGGCCGUUUUUAUUAUAUUUUACUUGUUCACCAUACCACAGUAGAAUAGGAGACUGUUAAAAAGGGCCUUUGUCCAUUUUUGUAGCCAAUUCCUUGUUAUAUAAUAAUUAUCCAUAUAACAAUGUUCAGAGAUCUGGAAUGCUCUUAAACAUUAUUUUUGAAGUAGCACAUGGUUUGUGUAUCCUACAUGUAAAACAACUGCCAUGUUCCUCCACCAAGAAAGAAAUGUGCAAACAAAAAAUAUAUAUUUCCCCUUAGCAUGUGCAAAUGGGAAGAGACCUAAAAAGAACAAACAACUAUAAUAAAGAGGGGAAAUGUUCGGGGUGGAAAGCACUGCAGAUCAUCUCCAAAUAGACUGGCAUUAAACAUCGGGAGGUAAUACUAGGGCUUUUCAUGACAAAUUUGUCAGACUUUGCUUCUUUAAUGAGAAGAUUGUCUGAACCUAUGUACGUAUUAGUUAUUAAUCUUGUCUUAUAUUUAUAUAUGAUAUUGUAAUUUUUUUUUAUAGGUACUGAGAUUAAAUUUUAUUUUUAUAUUUUAUUAAAACAAAAAUAAUUA